UUAAUAACCUCAACCGGCGCCUAUUUUCGCGAAAGGAAGAAGCUGUGUGCAGUUUGUUCACGUUAAAAAUCCUGUGCAAAAGGAAAAGAUUCUGAGAAGUCCGACUACAGGCAGACGGACAGCAGCAGACCUUCUUUCUUUUCGAGAUCAAGCUGAAGUGAAAGAGGAAUCAAUAGUGAAAAAAGGUUAUUGGGCUGAAGAAAAUUUUCUCACACACAGCUGUGUCAAUUUGCGUCGUGUCGCCGCCGUGAAUGUUCUAGCACGGCUUGAUGCUUGCUACAGUCUGCUGAAAAAAGUAAGGAAAUCGAUUGAAAAUGUUCUCCACCAAAAAGGAUAUUGAUCGUCAUGUGAAAACGUCUCUCAACAAGUUGCCGGAAAACGAGCGCUAUCUUCGUGGUCUGGCAAUAGCGAGACAAUACUUCAAGCUGCACGAAUAUGCGAGCGCGGAGCACUGGCUGUCCUGCUACCUGUCGGUGCAGGAAGAUAGCGCCCCGGCACACAAGCUUCUCGGCCAAUGCUACGAGAAACAGAACAAGUUUGACCGGGCCAUCACCUCCUACCAACGGUCGCUCCAGCUCGAUUCGAAGCAAACCGGGUUGAUUACGGACGUGUGCAAGCUGCUGCUGAUGGACGACAACCUAUCCAAGCACUUGUCGAAAGCUAAGCACUGGUGCGAUAUGGCCGAAUCGCAGCGCAUCAACCACGAAGCGGUUCUCGAUCUGCAGCUGAAGAUAGCGAACAAGGGCGCCACCACGAACAACAAGCUGGUGAAGGACAUCAUAGUGAAGGAAAUUUUGGCCCGUCCGUUGGAUCCGUUGUUGCGCGUACGUCUGGUGGACCACUUUCUGGACGAGAAACAGCUGGAAGAAGCGUUAAAGUAUUGCUUCGAGCUAGAAAUGAAAUUUUGCGAGCCAUUCAUGCAGUCGAACGAGUGGACAAACAGUGUGGCAAACAUGCUGUCGAAAUAUUCCGAUUCGCCACCGCCGGGUGAUGGGGCUGGCCUUCAGCGGAACUGGAACUACUACUUGCUGCAGGCGCUCGUGCUGGACCGGCAGAUCUAUCUAAAUCUGUUGGCCGAUUCCACUAUGGAGACGAUCAAGCGGAGCAAUCUGAAGGAAAUAGCGCAGAAAUUGUUCAAGCUGGAUCAAACAUUGCAACAGGUAGCGGAGAAAGGUCGUAAUGCGGCCCCGCAGAAGCACAUGGCCGAUGCGUAUCUGCAACAUUACCGGGGUCAGUUGCUGCUGUAUUCGGCUUCGUUGCUGUUCAAGGGUUCGCAAGAUCAUCAGUCCAGUGCAGGGCGGUCGAAGGAUGUGAGCAAAAAGUGUCUAGCACUGUUACUGAUGGCUUACCAGUGUGGUGUACCGAAUCCGGACGAACCGUGGCUGAAGCACAGCAGCGAAAUGGCGCGUAAUUUGCUAGGCUUCUGGAACAAACAGGCAGCGUUCCGGUGUUGUCAGGCCGGCAGUACACUGCUGUCUUGCGUGGAAGAUGGCGUAGAUAUGUCUGUGUUGGCUCAGAUACAGAACGUAACGGAAACAAAGGUUUGGACAACGGCGGAUGAUAUUAUAAAUCAGAUUCGCGAACUUUGCUCGGACGCUGGAUGGCGGCAAGGUGUAGCCCGCUCAUUGUAUUCGUUCGGCGACAUUUCAUCAAAAGUAGCAUCCGGUGCGUAUUUCGUGAAAGAUGGCGUUGCGUUCGGUGAACCACAGUAUGUGUUGCCAAAGCGUGAGCAAGUCAGCAUGUACGUCGAAUUCGCCCAAUCGCUGUACCCGUCCUCUUUGCCUUAUCUUGUGUAUCUGGGUCUAGUGAUCGGGACGGAAAAUUUGUCCGAGUUUCGUUGCAACGCGUUCCCACGGUUAAACUUUUCCACCAACAAUCUUGACAACUGCAAUCUGGAAACGUUGAACCAACUCGAUAUGGAUUCGUUCCUGUACUGCUCCAUUCUCGUUGCCCAUAGCAACCUCGAUAGUAAACGUUUGCUGAACCAGCAGCAUGGUCGUCCGACGUUUCUGCCAGCGGCCAAUCUUAUCCCGCUGCUGUGUGAGGAUAGUAAGAUCGAUUGGUGGAGUGCUGCGUACCAUCUGAUCAAGAGUAGCACCGCCAAGGAUGCCGCGGCUAGUGUGGCCGAACAGCGGCAGCUGUUGCAGCAUGGCUUGCAAGCGAUUCGCGGCACCGGUGCUCCACUGUGCGAUGUGAUUGUGUUGCUGAAAUUGGGCCAGAUACUAGCACAACGUGCAAGCGCAUCGAAGCUUUUAACGACGAAAGAACGACGAUACAUCGAGAGCCGCGUCGAGUCCGUUUAUCGUGCCGGAGUGUUGUUGUGGAAGCUGCGUAAUGAAUCGUCGUACGCUGGUGGAAUGGAAACGCACGGUGCUGGCCCGACUAGCUACGGUUCCGAUAUGUUCUUCAAGUAUGGUGGCAAAGCGUACGAUUGUCAGCAAGAGGUGGUCAAGUUGGCGGAAUCGGCCAUAACGUUCUUGGCAUCGGUUUAUUUCAAGCGCAGUCGGUAUGAAGAAUUCACACAAGACUUCGGCGGUAUUCCCUUACCGUUUGCGGCGUAUUUCCGCGCGGAAGCGUUUAAAAAGCUGGACGAAUCGAACAAAACUCCGCUCAAAGCCAGGAAGUUUUACUCCGAGCGAGCGCGUGAAUGUAUCCGCCAGACGCAGCGCUAUCUGGAGCUGCCCUACGUAGAUCGGAACCAUCCGCUGAACCACGUGGUGCAGAGUGAGAUAAAGCGUCUGUCGUUCGCAAACGAUUCGUUCGAUGGCAGUUUGAACACAUCGGCCAAUGGUGGCGUCGUGAGCACGAGUGCGGAUGAUAGCGAUCAUUUCCAGUCGUUUACAUCCUCGAUGACGAAUGCUGGGAUGGGGGCGACCGUUGGAACGGGAAGUGCUUCGUUAUCACGCAGCAUGGCGGAGCGGGAUGCAACGACCGCUGCUGCCGCUUCGAUGUGUCUGGCGAAAACGAACGAUCUCGAAGCCCUCAUACGACAAAUGAUGGAAACGCUAACGUUUGUGAAGGAGGACGUACUGGGAAUUCGUAACGAUGUGGGAGACAUGCAGGAUCGAUUGGUCAAGAUCGAAGAAAACAUGUUCCGGAAGCCAGUGCCGGAUACGGCUGGUGCAACUGGCGCGUCAACAACGACUCCGCUGGUGAAUGAGUCGUCGGCCACGGCGGCUUCGGCCGUAGCUGCUGCCGCGGCCAUGCAAGCUAUGAGCGAUAUGUACAUAAUGGAUGAGUUGCAGGGUACCUCACCGGCCCUAGCCUACCAACAUGCCGCAGCUGCAGCAGCAGCUCGAACCCCGGUCAUGGGUGGCGUAGGAAUGGCACCACCACAGCAACCAGCCUAUCACAAUCUGUACGGUGCCAAUGCCUAUCAAAACUACUUACCACCGGGACAGAUGUCGGGACAAUAUCAGCCACAGCAGCAACAACACCAGCAGAUGCUAACUCCUCGUGGACAUCCGAUGGCGGGAGCGCUGGGAGCUUCCCCGAUGCACAACAGUGCCGCUUACCAGCAUCAUUCGGACAGCCUCAUGAUAUCAGCGGGUGGAUCACCUGCCGCUGGUGGUUAUCACCAUCUGCCGGCCUUCCAACAAACUGCCCUACCGGGUCAAUCCGAUUCACAGCUUUCCAUGAUGCAUUCGGCGAGCUCGGUAGGCUCUCAAAUCACCACGCCCGCCUCGACGGUCGCAUCGAAAUCAGCAAGCGGUGGAAGUCUUUCGAUCGAACAAUCGCUCCAGACUCCCGCACUGCUUAGCAGCUGGAAUAGCACCUACAACAAUAGCAACGCUACGUUCAAUGCUCCGGCACCGAUAGCUACACCGUCCGCGUCCAGUAUGUUGCCCUCCUAUUUGUCCACCAGCGCGGAAACGAAAGGCGGUGCACCGGUAAAUGUGGUCAUUACCAGCUCGGACCCGUUACCACCUCCGCCAAGUGUGAACAGCUCCACGUUUGCCACCGGUUCGAGCGUCCAACCGACGUAUAGCGUUACAAUUCCGCCGCAACACAUUAAACACAGCAAUACGGGUGGCAGCAUUGGGCAGGGAACAACAGGCAACAACAACAGCAGUACCACCAGCACGCCAAAGCCCGAUCCGAUUCCUGCAUCCGCACCAACCACCGUGAACACAAAGUUCCCGAUGCCUUCGAUUCAGCUGGCCGCUGGCGAUAAAACCACCGCCACAGGCGGUUCUCUAGCCACGACCUUCACGCCUUCCUUCUUUGCCAACAUGGUGUCCCCGGCGAAGAAUGCCGUCAGCGGGGCCAAUCAACUCGAGGAGGAUGAUGACGAUGAUGAUAGAAACGUAUCGGGUGUUGAGUACGAUCCACGCCCCGACUUCCAGCCGAUCAUACCCCUACCGGAUGAGAUUGAGGUGCGAACGGGCGAAGAAGAUGAGGAGCAAAUUUUCAGCGGUCGGUCGAAGCUGCUCCGGCUGGUCGACCGCGAAUGGAAAGAGCGUGGGCUGGGUGAGCUUAAGAUACUGCGCUCGAAGGCCGAUCCUUCCAAGGUGCGGAUUGUGAUGCGUCGCGAGCAGGUGCACAAGAUCUGUGCCAAUCACUAUAUCACACCCGAGCUAAUCAUCAAACCGAUGGAAAAGCGCAAGGAAUGUUACAUCUGGGCGGCGAUGGACUUUGCCGACGAGGAACCGAGAAAGGAAUCGUUCUGUGCUCGGUUUGGCUCUGCGGCUUUAGCGAACGAAUUCUACCAGGCGUUUGUCACUGCACGGGACGAUGUGGCACGUCUGCGGGCAGCUGAUGGGGGCAGUCAGCAGAGCAGCGGCACGCCCUCAGGUCCACCACCGGCCACGGUAGGCAGCUUUGCGUUUAGCAGCACGCCGAAAUCGUCUGUAUCCAGUGCAUCGGUAACGUCGGUAGCAACGAACCAAUCAUCUACAACGGCCGCCGAUAAACCAUUUGGAGAUUUUACGUUCAACAAAAACUACACGCCACCUACCACUAAGACGGCAUCAAAACCGACCGUCGAAACCACGCAGGCGACUACCGGAACGGUUGGUAAGGAUGGUAAACCGAGUCCGUUUGCUUCAUUUACAUUCAAAGGCACUGGGUCUUCCGCUCCGUUCGGUAAAAUGUUCGGCGAACUUGGCACGACCACAGGUGUGGUGUCGCUUGGCUUCGAGGAGCGUGAGUUCAUCUGUGCCCUCGAAACGAAUGUUGUCGGUCUGAAGCGUCGGGAACAACAGGCAUCCAGUACGUGGACGGACUGUGAAGUGAUCAGCGGACAGUUGCGUCUGCUAACUUCAACUACAACUGUUCGCCUGUUAAUGCGCAACGCUGACCGGCCCAGCACCGUCUAUCUGAACCACAUUCUUACCAAGGACGUGCAAAUGAAAGCGACCGAAAAAAAUGCUUGCAGUUGGACGGUCCAGCAAGACGCGACGUAUCCCACCGCCACGGGGCCGCUGAGUUUUAUGGCACUCUUUAAAACCACCGAUGAACGCGAUCGUUUCCUAACGGCCGUGCAGAAAUCGCUUCCCAAUGCCGUCGUCGGUGCACCGACUGCUAAGACACCUACAGCCACUGGCGGUUUCGGUGAUAAGUUCAAGCCAAAGUCGGGAAGCUGGGAAUGUCCCGGGUGUUACGUAAGCAACAAGGCGGAUACAACGAAAUGCGUCGCGUGCAAUGAACCGCGCGAUCCAACGAACAAGGACGAGCCGAAACAAUCCACCCUAUCGGGAGGUUUGUUCGGUAAUCUCGCGCCACCGAAGGAGGGUGCCAAGUUUACGUUCGGUAUGCCUCCGUCCUCCGGUACUGUGACGCCGAUAACGUUUGGGUCCGCUCCUGCUGCUACUGCGGGUACGAAGAAACCUCAGGAACAGUUAGCGAAAGCUGCUACUUCUACGCCGGCAAAAAGUGGAUCGGCUGCCGCUGGUGGUGGAGGGUUUGGCGAGCAGUUUAAACCAAAACCGGGCUCAUGGACUUGUAACGAUUGCUAUCUUUCCAACGGAGCAGAUGUGUUGUACUGUGUGAGCUGCGAAUGCCCGAAAGACGAUACGGUGCCGAAGAAGACCGCCGGCACUGCGACAUCUUCCGGUGGUGGUCUGCUGCUAAAGUCCGACACAAUGCCGAAGUUUAAUUUCGCAGCUGGUGGUGGUUUCACCUUUGGUGUGUCGUCUCCAGCGGCCGCCAGUGUCACGACAGCCGCAUCAGUUGCCGGUACAACCACAACUACUACGAAUACGGCGAGCGGAAGCCUUUCGCAACAGCCCGUUUUUGGUGGAGGAUUUUCAUUCGGAGGGUCUCUGAAACCAAUUCAAAGCUCCGCGAGCUCGGCAGCCGGUACCGCCGCUGCUGCCGCUACACCAGAGAAGCCCGUUUUUAAAUUCGAACUUCCAACACCGGUCGGUGGACUUUCUUUCGGAUCGAAGCUAACGCCGAAUAAACCGGCGAGCAGCACCAGUGGCGGCGAUGCUCACGGCUCUACCAGCACGUCAUCGGCAAUAAGCAAGCUGGAUCCGCCAGAGAAAGCAACGUUCGGGUUUGUCUUCAAACCGAAAUCACCUGGCCGAACGCUGAGUGGUGAAGGCGAUGGGGCGGACGAUGAUGGGGCAGCGGGCGAUAAUAGUGUGACGGAGGAGGAAAACAAUACCUACUUUGCGCCCGUCAUUCCGCUACCGGAUAAGGUCGAAGUGAAAACUGGCGAAGAGGACGAACACGUGCUAUACGCUCACCGUGCUAAACUAUACCGGUUUGUCUGCUCCGAGUGGAAGGAGCGUGGCAUCGGUGAUGUAAAGAUCCUGAAGCACAAAGUGACAGGAAAGUUGAGAGUGGUAAUGCGGCGUGAGCAGGUACUGAAGAUUUGUCUCAAUCACGCGCUCACCGAGGACAUCUGCUACACGAAAAAGGACGACAAGUCUUGGCAGUUCGUGGCCAACGACUUCUCCGAGGGCAACUUUGAGAUAAUGAACUUCUGUCUGCGGUUCAAAUCGUCCGACAUUGCGCAAGACUUCCGUGAGGCAAUUGCGGAUGCGCUAAGCGGAAAAUUGAACACCUCGGUGGUGGAUGCGGCCAAGGAUGACACAAAACUCACAUCGCCAAACCACAACGACACCACAAUCACGUCCACCAGUUCGCCGAUGGGAGCGCUGAAUUUCUCCAAACUAAGCGACAUUUCGUUAAACGAGCGCGAAACGGCACAAAAGCUGAAGCUACCGGACAACUUUUUCGAAACUACCAUGACCACAACACCCUGUGCCGGUUGUCGUGGCUGUGAUUCGGAUGCUUUCGUUUUUCCGGCCAUUGAGGGCAAGCAGCCAGCGACGGGAAGCGAUAGCGAUGAUCCACCGCUGCCCAUCGACAUUAAGAGCGUGAAACCAUUGCCUGCCGUGGUGCCGGCAAGCAGCUCCCCGAAGAAAGUACUGUUUGGUGCGCCCACCGCUAACAUAUUCGGUGUAGAUAAUGCAGCAAAAGUGAGCGCAACACCGGCGGCACCCAUACCGGGUUUGUUCUCGGGUUUAUCAUUUAAGGUACCGUCGGGCACUGGUAGCAGCGCAGCGGCCAGUACGACAAACGCUUUCCUGUCAGCCGAACAAAAGUCAUCGUCAUCGCCGUUCAUGUCUGCCACUUCCAUUUUCGGUGGUGCACAGCCAUCUUCUACAGCGGACCAAACGGCAACGAGUGGUGCGAAUGCUAAGUUUGCCUUCGGAAGUUCCACGGCGAUCGGAUCGGCAGCUUCCGGUGGCUCGAUCUUUUCCGCAUCACUUAAUACAACGCCGAAAACAUCGUUUGUUGCUCCCGGUGCAGUCCCUGGUGUGCAGGUGACUUCUACCACGGUUGCUAAUGACAAAACAUCCACAAACAGUGCUCCCGUUGUUACGAAACCGAACACUACCAACAGCCCACUGUUACAACCAGCAUCCCUAACUACGCCACCAUCCGGCAAACCGGCUGAAGGUGCAGGAAAAUUCUUUGGAUCUUCUACCGGUGGCUUUGGUAACAGUGGUGGCGGAGGUGGUUUCGGAUCCACCGGUAGUACGAAUAUGUUCUCCGGAGCCAACAUUUUUGGCAGUUUGAGUACGAACACUGCCACCAGUGCCACCGGGACGCCCAGCAGUGCCGUUAGUGGCACACCGCCAACAACUGCUACGAGCAAUUCCUCCCUUUUCGGCAGCGUUGCCUUCGGCGAUGCUGGUAAACCGUCCAUCUUUGGCGGCGGAAGUGGCUUUACCUUUGGCAGCUUAGCUAAGCAAUCCACCACGGUAGCUAGCAGCAACAACGUCUCCUCCAGCAGCAACAGCGAUGCUCCUUUGCUGUUUAAAAUGGAUGAUAGUGUAAGCUUCGCGACACUGGCUAGCAGCAACAGCCCGGCGUUUAGCAACACGUUUAAGCAAACGGAAGACGGUACCAAACCUUCCGGCGGAGGCUUCGUGGGAUUAACGGUUAAGGAAGACUUCUUUUCACGUUCCGCCUCGGCUAAGCUUAACAACAGUACCGAUGGCGGCGGGGCUAAUAAUGCCGAGGCAAGCAAUGGCAAUGCCGAUGACGCAGCAGCGACGGGCGGUGAGGAUGGCACGGGCGCAGCUGGUGGUGACGAAAAUUAUGAUCCGUACUACGCGCCCGUAAUUCAGCUGCCGGACGAGAUCGAAGUACGCACGGGCGAGGAAGAGGAAACCAAACUGUUUGGCGAGCGUGCCAAGCUGUAUCGAUACGAUGCGUCCACAAAGGAAUGGAAGGAACGAGGUGUCGGUGAACUGAAGAUUUUGCAUCAUCCAGUGCGAAACACCUAUCGGCUACUGUUACGCCGUGAGCAGAUAUUCAAGCUCGUCCUAAACCACGCCAUCACGGGUGAUCUUUCCGUUGCGCCGAUGAACAACUCGGACAAGGCUUUCGUUUGGGGCGCCAUGAACCAUGCCGAAUCACCCGGCCAGCUGGAGCAGUUGGCGGCCCGCUUCAAGAACGAAGCCAUCGCGUCCGAAUUCCGCAGCACGUUGGAGAGGUGCCAGGAGAAGUUACGGUCCCGGCCGGACCUAGAGCCAGACCAAGAUUAAUAACAAAUGUAAAAGUGGUUUACUCGCGCGAUCGCUCGGAGGCGGCGUUCAAUGAUUGUUAACUACAUUUGUUAAUUACCCUCCUUUUUCUGACGCGCCUGGCAAACUGAUCAACUAGACACAUAUAUUAUGUUGUGUAAUUUCUAUUUCCCUUAUUUGUACUCAUUUUUUUGCAUUAAUUUCAUGUGUUUAAGAAACAAUAGUUAAGUGUCCCGAAAAUCGUUGUGUUGUUUCGCAUGCUGUAAUGCGCGAUUGCGUUGUUCAAUUUCGGCAUAUGGCAUCGUUUUUGGGUAUAACUACAAACCAAGUAUAAACAAUGUAUUCCUAAGCGACUCCGAUAACCCCUUGCAUAGAUUGUUACACGUAAAGCAACGAAAUGGAAAGAGCAACAAAGAACAAAAUAAACUUCGAAUAAAUCAGACAUUACUACACGUAGAAGAGGAAACCGGA